GAACAACGAAAAGUCCCAAUAGUGUGCCUAACGGACGGUGCAGAUACCUGAGUCUCUCCAUCGAUCUCUCAAUCCCAGUCGUCUCCUCCUUCCUCGCUUCUCCAGCGUCCGAUCGCCCUCCUGCUCUCCCCAGCGCGAAGCAACCGAAAAAGGGAAGAUCCCGAGUUAUAGAACUCCCCCUCAGCCUCGUUCGCGCGCUCUAUUGUUUUGCGAGGGUACCGCCUAUGGCGGCGGAGGUGCCAGCAAGCCCUUGCGGCGGAAGCCACGAGAGUGGCGACCAGAGCCCGAGAUCCAAUGUCCGUGAGCAGGAUAGGUUCCUUCCCAUCGCCAACAUCAGCCGCAUCAUGAAGAAGGCGCUACCUCCCAAUGGAAAGAUUGCCAAGGACGCGAAGGAGACCGUGCAGGAGUGCGUUUCCGAGUUCAUCAGUUUCAUCACCAGCGAGGCUAGCGAUAAGUGCCAGAGGGAGAAGAGGAAGACAAUUAAUGGGGACGAUCUACUGUGGGCAAUGGCAACACUAGGGUUUGAGGACUACAUUGAACCGCUUAAGUUGUAUUUGCAGAAGUAUAGGGAGAUAGAGGGAGAUGGCAAGGGUUCUGCUAAAGGAGCAGAGAGCUCUAGUAAGAGAGAUGCAGGUGGUCUUCAAGGUGGAAACCUAUCUGGUUCAAGCAUGCAAGGGGAUAUGAAGAUGCUUCAGCAAGGCUCUUUUACUGAAGGCAUGAAUUAUAUGAAUACUCAGUAUCAUCCUGGAGACCUCUCCAGCUAAAUGGGCCUUCUGCAUCUUUUAGUAGAUGCUUCUGGUUCAGGUCAACAAGAGGACGAAAGCUUAGAACUGUGCUUGAGAAACUCAUUCAGUUGGAACUAUUAGUUUUUUAUUUCGUUUGCUUAUUUUUUAAUAUGUAAUUUCUGGACGGAUUUAUAUAAACAUCUGCAAUACUUCCUAUCUGUGAAUAGAGCAGAAAUCUAAUCUGGGUACGAAUUAUCUUGUCUUUGAAGAGUGACUUUGAUGAGGCCAUUGGUCAUUAUUUUUAUUUCAUAAAUUUAUUUAACUAGCUAA